UCUGGCGCGCUGAGGACUUUUACGCAUGGCGUCUGCACACCAGAACCGUCACACAACUUACUAUUUCAGGACGGGAAUGCUCCGCCGACCCCCCUCGGCUUCCAGUCCGCACACCUGCUCGUCUCCGUCUGCUUCUCUCUGACGGACUCGACCCAGACCAGCUCCUCGUCUUCUCUGCUCAGUUCCGUUCCUGCGUUUCCACUCCAGUCUGUGGCCAGGAGAAGUCAUCCAAGUCUCCCUCGGACUACCUGCCCUUGAGCUCCAAAGACUUCCCUCAAGACUUUGUAGACCCAAUUCCACUGUUGACCGACAUGGCGGAGGCUGUGCGACCCGAGGACUACUGCGACGAGGCGGUGGAGGACGAGUUCGGCGAAAUCAUCAAGUGUCGAUCAGAUGAAAGAGAAGAUGUGCAAAAGAAGACUUUCACAAAAUGGGUCAACUCGCAGUUGUCUAAGACAGGAAAGCCACCUGUGGAGGAUCUAUUCUCAGACCUGUGUGAUGGACGACGCUUGUUGGAACUGUUGCAGGGUCUAGCAGGGCAUGAGCUGGUGAGGUUGGAAAAGGGCAGCUCACGUGUCCACUCGCUCAACAAUGUUAACCGAGCUCUGCAGAUCUUGCAGAAAAACAAGGUAGAGUUAGUGAACAUCGGCGCAAUAGACAUCGUUGAUGGCAACCACAAACUAAUUCUUGGGCUCAUCUGGAGCAUCAUUCUCCACUGGCAGGUAAAGGAUGUGAUGAAGGAGGUGAUGGCUGGCCUACAGCAGACCAACAGUGAGAAGAUUCUGCUGAGUUGGGUUCGUCAGAACACAAGCCAGUACCCAAAGGUCAACGUGGUCAACUUCUCCAGUAGCUGGAAUGAUGGGCUGGCGUUCAAUGCCCUCAUCCACAGCCACAGACCGGAACUGUUUGACUGGAGCUCUGUAGAAGCCAAAGCGUCAGUGAUUGACAGACUGGAACAUGCCUUCAGUACAGCAGAACAACACCUGGGCAUCGACAGAUUGCUGGACCCGGAAGAUGUGGCAGUGCCUCAUCCCGACAAGAAGAGUGUCAUCAUGUACGUGACGUCGCUCUUCCAGGUGCUGCCGCAAAGCGUUACCAUGGAGGCCAUCCAGGAAGUUGAGACGCUUCCACGGGCCGGUAGUGCCACCAGCGCCCCCCGCGUGCUGACUGAGGAACACUAUCAGAUCCAGACCAAACAGCGCUUCUCCCAGCAGAUCACAGUGAGCGUGGCUCAGGGCCGAGUGCAGACUCCCUCCCCUCAGCCUCGCUAUAAAAGCUACGCCUACACCCAGGCGGCCUAUGUCCAGUCGCCUGAGCAAAAGAGGAGACGCUUUACUGAGCAGUUCCUGAGUCCCAGUCAAGAGGAGCUGCAGCGAGGCCUCAGUCCUCUACUUCCCGGCUCCACCACCCUGGAGGGUUAUCAAAUGGCCCUGGAGGAAGUGCUGACAUGGCUUCUGUCAGCUGAAGAUGGACUCCAGUCUCAGCCUCCCGUCUCUCACCUUGUUGAGGAAGUAAAGGAGCAGUUUCACACACAUGAGGGCUACAUGGUGGAGCUCACCACACACCAGGGCAGCGUCGGACGCGUCCUACGGGCCGGUGCCGCCUUACUGGCUGAAGGGAACCUGAGCGAGGAGGAGGACGCAGAAGUGAGGGAGCAGAUGAACCUACUGAACUCUCGGUGGGAGCACCUGAGGGUGGCCAGCAUGGAGAGACAGAACAGACUCCAUCAAGUCCUGAUGGACCUGCAGCACAAGCAGCUGCAACAGCUCACAGACUGGCUGGACAAGACAGAAGCACGGGUCAAGAAGAUGGAGGCUCAGCCGCUCGGUCCUGACUUGGAGGACGUCAAACACCAAGUGGAAAAGCACAAGCUCCUGCAGGAGGACUUGGAGCAGGAGCAGGUCCGGGUUAACUCGCUCACCCACAUGGUGGUGGUGGUGGACGAGACCAGCGGGGACAGCGCCACCGCCGUCUUGGAGAGUAAACUUCAGGUGCUGGGCGACCGCUGGGCAGCCAUUUGUAGAUGGACAGAAGAACGCUGGAUUCUGCUGCAGGAGAUUUUAUUGAAAUGGCAGCACUUCACCAAUGAACAAUGUGUAUUUGACUCGUGGCUUACGCAGAAGGAAGAGUUGGUUCGCUCCAUCAAGACCCCCAAUGUAAAGGACCACACCUCCACAGUGGCCUGCCUCCGCCAUCUGGCUACUGUAAAAACAGACCUGGACUUGAAGCGCCCCACCAUGGACAAGCUCUGCUCCAUGAGUCAGGACCUGCUGUCCAGCGUCAAGAACAAAGAAGUGGCCAGCAAAGUGGAGGCCAGACUGGAAAGCUUUGCUCAACGUUGGGAGCGACUAGCUCAGAGUCUUGAUGUGAUCAGCUCCCAGCUGACGCCGGCCGUUGGUGCGGCGGCCCAGCAGUCCGAGCUGACCCACUCCGUCAUGUCGACUGUCACCAAGGUGACAACGAGGGAAAAGGUUACGGCAUUGCGCCAAGCAAGAGAGUCGCCGCCGCCGCAGAAGAAGAGGCAGGUGGUGGUGGAUUCGGAACUCAGAAAAAGUUACAUGCACCCGUUUCUGCUGACUUUUCUCAGCAGGUUUGACGUGGACUUCACAGAGGUCCACAGCUACAUGACUCGGGGCGAGGCCAUCCUGCAGAGUCCUGAGUUCUCUGUGUCCCGCAAAGAAGGCAGCAUUCAAGAUCUGUAUGACAAAGUGCAGCUGAUAGAACGAGAACGUCCAGAGAAGUACCGAAAGCUCCAAGAAGCGACACGCACCGCUCAGACACUGGUUGAGCAAGAGGGAACUCGGGCUGAGGACAUUGCACAGGCAGCCGAGCAGUUAAACCAGCGUUGGGUGGGCUUCUGUGCCCUUCUGGCAGACAGGCUUGUGUGGUUGGCCUACCAGACCAAGGUGUUGGCAUUUUACAGCUUGUACGAGCAGUGCGUGCAGUCAGUGGACACCAGUGAAAACUGGCUCAAGAUUCAACUGCCACCGUCACCAGAAGCUGAGACGCUCAAGGUGCAACUGGACCGAUGCAGAGAGGAGGUAGCCAACCUGGCUUCCCUGCAACCACAAGUGGAACUACUAGAUGAACGUUUGAAAGAGCUAAAAGAGGAGAAAGAUGGCAAGGAGGACCCGUCAGCGUUCCUGGACGCCGACAUCAAUGCGUUUAAGGAGCACUACCACAAAGUUCUGGAGGACCUUAGAGCAAGAGAGCGGCAGCUACAACUGAUUUUGGAAAGCUUGCCCCCAGCUCGUUAUAAGGAAACGAUAUUGACGCUGUUGGCGUGGUUGCAGCAGUGCGAGGCCAAACUGGCGAUUCCAUCCACUGCUGUUACGGAGUAUCCUAUCAUGGAGCAGCGACUAAAGGACAUCCAGGCACUCCAGGUGGCGCUGACCAGUCACCAAGGGGAGGUAGACUACCUGACAUCAACUGUGGAGCAGGUCUUCCAGAAAGCUCCACCUGAAAUAUGCCAGAAGUAUCGGACUGAGAUGGACUCCAUCAUGUCACGCUGGAGGCGACUCAGCACCACUCUGACGGACAAUGCAAAGACCAUUAAGGAGCUCAUGGCUAAACUCAUGCAGUUUGAGAAUGACGUGAAGACGCUGAAGAAGUGGAUGGCGGAUGUAGACAUCUUCCUGAAUGAGGAAUGGCCAGCGCUGGGAGACUCGGAAGCGCUUGAGAAGCAACUGGAACAAUGCACGGCCCUGGUGAACGACAUCCACACCAUCCAGCCCAGCGUCAACGGAAUCAACGAAGUGGGCCUGCAACUAAAGAAGGAGGCGGAGCCACCUUUCGCCAUCCACAUUCAGAAGGAGCUGGAUGAACUGAACGCUCAAUGGGAGAACGUUUGCAAACAGGCUUAUGCUAAGAAGUCAGCUCUGAAAGGCGGCCUGGAUAAGACCAUGGCUCUGAGGAAGGAAAUGCAGGAGAUGCAGGAGUGGAUAAACCAGGCUGAGGAAGACUACUUGGAGAGAGAUUUCACUUACAAGACACCCGAAGAGCUACGCAAAGCAGUGGAGGAACUUAAGAGGGCUCAGGAAGAGGUUCACUCCAAAGAGCUCAAGGUGAAGCUUCUGACUGACAGCGUGAAUAGUUUUAUCGCCAAGGCCCCUCCCACGGCACAUGACGCCCUGCGUUCAGAGCUGGAUGUGCUGAAGGCUAACUACCAGCGCCUCUGCAGCCGCCUGGAUGGAAAAUGCAAAACUCUGGAGGAGGUUUGGGCUUGCUGGUGUGAGUUGCUGUCCUACCUGGAACAGGAGAAUGCCUUUCUAGACCAGCUGGAGCAGAAGCUUGACGAAACUGAGAACCUCCAAGGAGGGGCAGAGGAGCUGAAGUCGGCGUUGGAUGGUUUAGAGGCUCUCCUGCGACACCCCGAGGACAACAGGAACCACAUUCGAGAACUUGCUCAGACUCUGAUGGACGGAGGGGUGUUGGAUGAGCUGAUACAGCAGAAACUUGAUGCCUUCAACACGCGAUGGGACGAGCUCAUGGCGAGGGUGUCACUCAGGCAGAAGGAGCUGGCCAGGAGCCUCCAGUGGGCUCAAGAGAAUGACAAGACCCUGCGGGGUAUCCAGGAGUCGCUGGCCAACACUGAUCGCCACCUGACGGCGUACUUGGCCGACCACAUUGACGCCCAGCAGAUACCACAGGAAGCUCAGAAGAUCCAGUCAGACCUGAGCAGCUAUGAUGCAACCUUGGAGGAAAUAAAGAGGAAGAAUCAGGAGAAGGUUCAGUCCCAGAGGAUGAUUGGACAAAUAGACUUAACGCAGAAAAUGCUGGCAGACGUGUGGACCAAGUUCCGGCUCUUCCAGAAACCGGCUAACUAUGAGGAGAGGCUGGCCGAAUGCGAACGUAUGCUAGCUGAGGUCAAAGCUCAGGUGGGGGUGCUGUACAUCCGCAGCGUGGAGCAGGACGUGGUGCAGUCUCAGCUGGAGCAGUGCAUGAAGCUGUACAAGGUGCUGAGUGAGGUCAAAGGUGAGGUGGAGACUGUGAUCAAGACGGGCAGGCAGAUCGUGCAAAGACAACAGACGGAGCAUCCCAAAGAGCUGGACGGGCGUGUAACGGCGCUCAAACUGCUGUACAACCAGCUGGGAGCGCAGAUAACUGAGAGCAAAUUGGAGCUUGAGAAGAGUUUGAAGUUGUCCAGGAAGCUUCGAAAGGAGCUCAACGGGCUGACCGAGUGGCUCGCCGCCACUGAUGCCGAGCUGACCAGGCGCUCCGCUGUCGACGGGAUGCCCAGUGACCUAGAUGCCGAGGUGGCGUGGGCACAGUCCAUCCACGGCGAGACAGAGCGGCGUCAGCCCCAGCUGCAGGCCGUGGUGGAGCUGGCCGAGGCCCUGAAGGCGGUGCUUCGUGGCCACGGGAGCCUGGUGGAUGACAAAGUCAGCCUGCUGCACUGCAACUGGAUUGCAGUCACAUCCCGAGCAGAAGAAUGGCUUAACCUGCUGCUGGCUUACCAGCAGCAGAUGAGGAAGUUGGAUGGAGAAAUUGAGGAAGUGAAUGGAUGGAUCGACGGAGCGAAUCAAAAGAUGGAUGAGAUCGAAAGCGCGGGACCAAAUGAUGCCGCGCUUAAGGUAUUGCGUGCCGAGCUGGAACUUACGCGGGGUAAGAUGGAUGAAGUGAGAGCCUUGGCACAGGAGCUUAUGGCCACCAGGGGGGAGAACUGUCAAGCCCAUGUGGGGCCCAAAGUGAAGCUUCUGAACCAGAGGUUUGACGCCGUUGCGCAACGCAUCGCCUCUGGACCGACAGCGGCAUCGGCCAAAGAACUGGAGCAGUAUCACAGUGAAGCUCAGAUCUGGUUGGAUCUCCUGGAGGAGGAAGUGAAACAGGGUGAAAACCUCAAAGAAGAGGACUUUCAGGAAGACAAGGACUUUGAAGAGGGUGCAGUGAAGGAGUUACUGUUGAGAGGAGAGAAUUUGCAGAAGAGAGCUCCGGAUCAGGACAAGAAAGAACAGAUCAAACAGAAGCAAAAGAGGCUAAGCAACAAAUACAACAAUGUCAAGGACCUGCGCGUGCUGAGGAACAAGAAGGCACUCGCCAUUGCACCGCAGUGGUAUCAGUACCGUAGGAGGUCACAUGACCUGCUGUCAUGGCUAGACAAUAUCCAGCGCAGCGUUGACCAGCUUCCUGACCCUCCUCAGGGUGAGAGGGUCAAGGAAAUUGGCUCAGAGAUGGCCCAGAAGAAGGAGGAGCUUAAGGAGUUGCAGGGUUUAGCCAAUCAGCUGUCAGAGGCUGGAGCCGCCACUCUAGUGGAGCCUCGGCAGAUUCAGCUCAACACUCGCUGGGCUGAGUUGGAGGGCAAGUUCUUACCCUUCCAAAGACAAUGUGAUUACCUGACAGAGCUGCAGGUGCUGCUACGUUCUGUCUCAGAAGCAGACUUCAAACUGAACUCUCCAGAGUACUGGCCGGCUUCUUAUUACAACCUACCUCAACAAGAACACUGCCUGCAGGAAGUCAAAAUGAGUAUCGACAAACUGCGAGGUCCGGUGGAGGCUGCCUUAGCCCGUAGACAGGAAGUGGCGUCUCGAGCACGACCGAUGGAAGCCCAGCGGAUCCAGGAAAGUGCGGCCUUCCUACAAAACAACUGGGACAAACUGAACAAGCUGCACAAAGACCGGCUAAUGCGCUGGCAGAGCUGCAACUCUAAGUGGCAAAAGUUUGUUUCGGAUCAGAGGGCGCUUGAGGAGUGGCUUCAUGAAGCUGAAGAUGCCCUGAAAAUGUCCGCAAUUGACCCAGCAGCACAAAAGCAGCACCUCUGGUACCUGACAGAAGCUAUCCCACAGCAGGAACUGGUGUUGAACCGAGUGACAUCUGCAGGCGAGGACAUCAGCCAGAUGAGUACGCCAGACGAUGCCUCCCGCCUCCGAGUGCAGCUCCAAUUCUUAAAUACUCGCUGGGCUCACAUCUGCCAGCAGCUCAAUGAGCGCAAGAGAAGGUCAGCAGAGGCACAGGCAUCAGCAGCACAACUGCAUGAGCGCAUGGGCUCCCUGCUGGGUUGGCUGGACAUGGCAGAGAAUGUCCUGGCCCUCCCUCUGCAACCUGCUGAGCCGCAACACCUCAGACACACUUUAGGCAAAGUACAGGCGUGUAUGGAAGAACUUCCCGGCAAGAAAGCCGUGGUGGAGGAACUGAACAUGCGACACCGACAGAUUCCUGCUGAUAAACAAAAAGACAUCAAGAUCAUCAAUUCUCGCUUUGAACAGGUGUCCAAAGCUCUGCCUGAACGCGCGCUGGAGAUUGAAAUUCUGCUGCGGGACCUGGAGGGGCUUCAGGGUCAGUUGGACUAUCUGUCAGGCUGGACAUCCAAAACCAGAAGCCACCUGGAGCACACGUCAGAGGAGCCCCCACUAAGUCUCAUCGAGGAAGUGCAAGUCAAGCAGCCUCAAGUUGAGUCGGUUCUUGAGCGAGCCAAUCAGUUCUACAAAGAUGUUCCUCCGAGUCAUUCAGAGAAGGUGAGGUACAUGAAGGUGCGAGAAGACUGGUUAGUCAUCAUGGAGUUGUUGCGGCAGCAUCAGGAGAGGAAAAACUUACUUGUGGCCAAGAAAGCCAAUGAAAUGCUUACUAGUAGUUCCCAGUCUGAGGCUGCAGCCCUGGCGCAGUUUAACAAGUCGUGGGCAGAACUCACUGAUUGGCUGACAAUGCUGGACAACAUGGUGCAGAACAAGCGUGUGGUGGUGGCUGACCUUGAUGACAUCAAAGACAACAUUGGCCAACUGAAGACAUCUUUGCAGGAGCUGGAUCAGCGACGCCCUCUUCUGGACAGACAGGUCACUGCGGCCCAAAACCUGAAAAACAAAACCAGCAACCAGGACACACGCAACGCUAUCACUGAGCGCAUGGACCGGCUUCAGAUCCACUGGGAGGACUCUCAGGCCAAACUCUUGUCCAGAAGCAAGCAUCUACACAAUAUGCUGCAGGACUCCAGCGAGUGGCUGGACUCCAAGCAGAGGGUGGACAUUCUCAUCAAGCAGGCCAGCGAGAGACUGGAGUCCUGGCAGGAAGUCACCUACACGGUGGAUGAUCUCACAAGACAGAACGCUGAACUUAAGCACUUCGCCAGCGACAUUCGACAGUGGCAAGGUCAAGUGGAUAAAACCAAUGCUCUGGCUGACAAACUGCUGACGUGUUAUGCCAACGACGACACACAUAAGGUGACCCAGGUUAACAACAACAUGGUGGCCGUCUGGACACACGUCAACAAGCGUGUUUCAGACAGAGAGGCAGCUUUGGAAGCAGCCCUGAAGCUGCUGCAGCAGUUCUACCUCGACCUCGAUAAGUUCCUCAACUGGCUGACAGAGGCCGAGACGACAUGUAAUGUUCUGAUGGACGCCACCAACAAGGAGAGGCUGGAGCAGCCAGAAGAAGCCCGGAAUAUUCUGGCCCAGUGGAAGGACCUGGAAAGGGAGGUGGACGGCCACACAGAGCUGUAUCAUUCCUUGGAUGACCACGGCCAGAGAAUUCUAACAUCAAUGGGGGACUCAGAAGAUGCUGCCCUCCUCCACAGACGUCUGAACAACAUGAACCAGCGCUGGAAUGAUCUACGCAGCAAGACUCUUAGCAUGAGGGCUUACUUGGACUCAGAAAUGGCGCCUUGGAAGAGGCUCCACAUGUCGCUGCAGGAGCUGCUGAACUGGCUGAGGAUGAAAUCUCAGCAGCUUGAGCAGGAGCCGCCUGUAGGGGGCGACGUCCCUUCUGUCCAGACCCAGUUGGACACCCACAGGGGCUUCAGACGUGAUGUUCGAGCCAAAGAGCCUGUUGUGACCAAGGCACUGGAUGAUGUCGGAGUGUUCCUCUCUGAGUUGCCUCGAGAGCCUCUGAUGCCGGAGCAACGAGACAUCAGCCCCGAAGAGCGUGCCCAAAAUGUCGGGCGAAUCCUGCGCAAGGAAGCGGACAAUGUGAUGACCAGCUGGGAGCGGCUCAAUAACGACUCUGCUGUUUGGCUGAGGAGGCUUGAGGCGGCUCUGAAGCGGCUGAUUGAGCUCCAGGAGACUCAGGACCUUGUGGACGGCCAGAUAAGGCAGGCAGAGAUGGUGAAGGAGGCUUGGGAGCCGGUCGGAGAACUUCUCAUCGACUCUCUGCCAGAGCACAUUGAAAGAGUCAAGGAGUUCCAGGAAGAAAUCGCUCCUAUUUACGAGGAUGUGGUCCACAUGAACCAGUUGGCGUCCACGUUCGGUCCGCCUGAGCUCCAGCUCUCAACAAACAAUCUGGAACGCAUCGAAGAACUCAACACACGCUGGAAACUGUUGCAGGUCUCGGCUGAAGACCACCUGAAGCAGCUGAUGGAUGCACACAGAGACUUUGGCCUCCUUCACGGAUCCGUUGACAGACCCUUCGAGCAGGGGGUCUCCCCAAACAACGUACCCUACUACAUUAAAGAAGAAACUGGACCUGACCAGAUGACCAAGACACUCCACCAAACCCAGACGACAUGCUGGGACCAUCCCAAGAUGGCGGAACUCUAUCAGUCUCUGUCCGACCUGAACAAUGUUCGAUUUUCAGCCUACCGAACAGCAAUGAAACUCAGACGCCUGCAGAAGGCUUUGUGUCUGGACCUGCUGAGCAUGCCAACGGCGUGCGAGGUGUUCGACCAGCAUGGCUUGAAGCAAAACGAGCAGCUCCUCGACAUCUCCCAGCUGGGGGCCUGUCUGAGCAGCCUGUACCAGCGGCUGGAGCAAAGCCACGCCCACCUGGUCAGUGUCCCACUCUGCGUGGAUAUGUGCCUCAACUGGCUGCUCAACGUCUACGACACCGGGCGCUCUGGGAAGAUUCGCACCUUGUCAUUCAAAACUGGAAUCGUCUCCCUGUGCAAAGCUCACCUGGAGGAUAAAUACAGAUUCUUGUUCAGGCAGGUUGCGAGUGCGACCGGCUUCUGCGACCAGCGUCGUCUCGGCCUCCUUCUCCAUGAUUCCAUCCAGAUCCCGCGGCAGCUCGGCGAAGUCGCUUCAUUUGGCGGUUCCAACAUCGAGCCCUCUGUCCGUAGCUGCUUCCAGUUUGCCAACAACAAACCUGAGUUGGAGGCUGCAAUGUUCCUAGACUGGAUGCGCCUGGAGCCUCAGUCCAUGGUGUGGCUGCCCGUGCUUCACCGGGUGGCCGCCGCUGAGACAGCCAAGCACCAGGCCAAGUGCAACAUCUGUAAGGAGUGUCCCAUCAUCGGCCUCAGAUACCGCAGUCUGAAACACUUCAACUAUGACAUUUGCCAAAGCUGCUUUUUCUCUGGUCGUAUCGCCAAGGGACACAAGAUGCAGUAUCCUAUGGUGGAGUACUGCACCCCGACCACAUCAGGGGAGGACGUGAGGGACUUUGCCAAGGUACUGAAGAACAAGUUCAGAACCAAGCGCUACUUUGCCAAACACCCACGUAUGGGAUACUUGCCGGUCCAGACCAUCCUGGAGGGCGACAACAUGGAAACACCUGUCACACUGAUCAACUUCUGGCCAGUGGAUCAUGCGCCUGGCUCAUCCCCUCAGCUUUCCCACGACGACACGCACACACGGAUCGAGCACUACGCCAACCGGUUAGCAGAAAUGGAGAAUCGCAAUGGCUGUUAUCUGAAUGACAGUAUCUCACCCAAUGAGAGCAUUGAUGACGAGCACAUGUUGAUCCAACACUACUGCCAGUCUCUGAACCAAGGCUCUCCCCUUAGCCAGCCCCGCAGUCCGGCCCAGAUCCUUGUCUCCAUGGAAACAGAAGAGAAGGGAGAGUUGGAGCGGGUCCUCAACGACUUGGAGCAGGAAAACAGGAAGCUGCAAGCCGAGUAUGACCGUCUGAAAAAGGCCCAUGACAGAAAGGGCCUGUCACCUCUACCUUCGCCUCCAGAAAUGCUCCCCGUGUCGCCGCAACGCGCGCGGGACGCCGAGCUCAUUGCCGAGGCCAAGCUGCUGCGACAGCACAAGGGGCGCCUGGAGGCUCGGAUGCAGAUCCUUGAGGAUCACAACAAACAGCUGGAGUCCCAACUGCACCGACUCCGGCAACUCCUAGAGCAGACGGAUUCCAAGGUGAACGGCACCGCUAUGUCCUCCCCUUCCACUUCGUCCCAACGCUCAGACUCUUCACUUCCUCAUCUCCGCGUGGCUGCCAGCCAGACUACUGACACAAUGGGUGAUGACGACCUGUCCACCCCUUCCCACGAUGCAUCUGGGCUGGAAGAAGUGAUGGAACAGCUCAACCACUCCUUCCCUCAUAGCCAAGGUUUGUUCUCAAACACCUGUCCCUCCUCGGGGCCCAGCAUUGGUAGUUUGUUCCACAUGGCAGACGACCUGGGCCGCGCCAUGGAGUCUUUGGUCAACAUCAUGACAGACAAGCCAAUCGUGAACCAGGCACCGUUCUUCUGAUCUUCCCCUCCCCUCUUUUCCCCCAACCCACUGCAUGCUUUUAUAGUCUAAAGAGCUGGAUUGGCAGACACACUGAAUAUAAAAAUGUCUAUUUUUGUCUUUGUGGUGUGCAAAAGACGCGUUAAAGUAAAAAAAAAAAAAAAAAAAAAACAGAAAGUUCUGUAGAUUUCAGUAGUUUCUUAAACCGUCCUGAGGUUUUUAAACUUCUAUGCAAUUGUAUAAAAAAGAGUUUUUUGGGAGUGGGGGAGGCAAGGAAAAAAAAAAAAAAGAUACGUUUGUUUCGCGUGCAUCACUUUGUAACCAGCAAAAAUGAAAUUUGCAUAAAAAAAAAAAAAAAAAAAGAGAAUGAUUGUAAUAAUAAGUUUAUUAUAAUGUCUUUAUAUAACAGCGUACAAUACUGUUAAGGUAAUGCAGGCAUCCUGGAACUUUACAGUACGUUGUGCGUGUGUGUGUGUGUGUGUGUGUGUGUGUGUGUGUGUGUGUGUGUGUGUGUGUGUGUGUGUGUGUGUGUGUGUGUGUGUGUGUGUGUGUGUGUGUGUGUGUGUGUGUGUGUUGUCCAAAUGCUACUCCAUAAUAACACGUCUCCAUUAACUCGGUUGUCAUCUCAGGACGUUGUUGUCAAAUUAUUGGAUUAUUUGAUUUCAAAUGUUUUCAAGUAAAGAGCCUUACACUGUUUGGUACACAUUGCACACUGUCAUGGAAUAUCAUUUAACUACUGGAAUAUGUCCUGGUAUACUCUGUAGUGCAGGCCAUGCUAAUCUGCUAAGGUUGUUUGUUAAAAAUAUUUUAAUUUUCAUCUAAAAGGCUUCUUGAGUUCUAAAUUUUAGAUGUGAAGGGUUCAUGAUUUAUUUCUCUAAACUGUGUGUCUGCUGGGGGUGGUCACAACAGGGCGGUUGCCAGGCAACGACCAUCCAUCAGAACCAUUAGUCAUUCUUCUUUGGGUCAAAAUUUUAGGUGUGGAGCAGGGGUCACCAACCUUUUUGAAACCAAGAGCUACUUCUUGGGUACUGAUUAAUGCGAAGGGCUACCAGUUUGAUACACACUUAAAUAAAUUGCCAGAAAUAGCCAAUUUGCUCAAUUUACCUUAAUAUAUAAAUCUAUAUUUGUAAAAAAAAAAAAAAGGGUAUUUGUGUCUGUCAUUCCGUCGUAUAUUUUUUUUCCUCUUACGGAAGGUUUUUUUGUAGAGAAUAAAUGAUGAAAAAAACAUUUAAUUGAACGGUUUUAACGAGGAGAAAACACGAAAAAAAUGAAAAAUAAAUUUUGAAACAUAGUUUAUCUUCAAUUUCGACUCUUUAAAAUUCAAAAUACAACUGAAAAAAAUGAAGAGAAAAACUAGCUAGUACGAAUCUUUUUGAAAAAAUUAAAAAAAUAAUUUAUGGAACAUCUUUAGUAAUUUUUCCUGAUUAAGAUUAAUUUUAGAAUUUUGAUGACAUGUUUUAAAUAGUUUAAAAUCCAAACUGCACUUUGUUAGAAUAUAUAACAAAUUGGGCCAAGCUAUAUUUCUAACAAAGACAAAUCAUUAUUUCUUCUAGAUUUUCCAGAACAAAAAUUUUAAAAGAAAUUCAAAAGACUUUGAAAUAAGAUUUAAAUUCGAUUCAACAGAUUUUCUAGAUUUGCCGGAAUAAUUUUUUUUAAUUUUAAUCAUCAUAAGAAAGAUUUCACAAAUAUUCUUCGUCGAAAAAACAGAAGCUAAAAUGAAGAAUUAAGUUAAAAUGUAUUUAUUAUUCUUUAUAAUAAAAAAAAUUAAAUGGUCUUAUCUUUACUUAUAAAUGAAGUCCAUGCGCUGCUCCUUCUGAACAAAAGCAUCGACAACUUGUUUAUAAAAGUCUUCCUUAUCUUUCUUCAGUUUUAAAAGUCUCUCUGUCUUGAUGGAAAUCACUGUCUGAAGCAAAUAUUUUAGCUCCGGCGUUGGUCUUCCUUUAAUUAUUACCUCCUGCUUCGAUUGAAAGUCCAGUUUAGAAAACUGUUUUAUUUUAGAUAUGUAAUCCUCCAUGUUAAAAGUCCAGAGGAGAGAAAAAAAUAAACAGUUUAACUGCUGCACUUGACUUGCUAACUGUAACUUGUCACUUCUUCCGCAGCCGAGUAGUCGCAAGAAUGAUCACUGGGAUCACUAGCGCCCUCUACCACCAUGAGGCGGGAGAACAGGUGCCUCACACAGUGCGUCUUCGCAGCCGUUUUAUGAUUGCCUAGCACAAGAAAUACGUUACACGCGUACAGUUGUUGAGAAAAUACACUGUACAUUAUAUACCUCAGCAAACUAAACUAUGGAAAUGUAUAUCCAUCCAUCCAUCAUCUUCCGCUUAUCCGAGGUCGGGUCGCGGGGGCAGCAGCCUAAGCAGGGAAGCCCAGACUUCCCUCUCACCAGCCACUUCGUCUAGCUCUUCCCGGGGGAUCCCGAGGCGUUCCCAGGCCAGCCGGGAGACAUAGUCUCCCCAACGUGUCCUGGGUUUUCCCCGUGGACUCCUGCCGACUGGACGUGCCCUAAACACCUCCCUAGGGAGGCGUUCGGGUGGCAUCCUGACCAGAUGCCCGAACCACCUCAUCUGGCUCCUCUCGAUGUGGAGGAGCAGCGGCUUUACUUUGAGUUCCUCCCGGAUGGCAGAGCUUCUCACCCUAUCUCUAAGGGAGAGCCCCGCCACCCAGCGGAGGAAACUCAUUUCGGCCGCUUGUACCCGUGAUCUUAUCCUUUCGGUCAUGACCCAAAGCUCAUGACCAUAGGUGAGGAUGGGAAUGUAGAUCGACCGGUAAAUUGAGAGCUUUGCCUUCCGGCUUAGCUCCUUCUUCCCCACAACGGAUCGAUACAACGUUCGCAUUACUGAAGACGCCGCACCGAUCCGCCUGUCGAUCUCACGAUCCACUCUUCCCCCACUCGUGAACAAGACUCCUAGGUACUUGAACUCUUCCACUUGGGGCAGGGUCUCCUCCCCAUGUAUAAUUUCCUAAUGGAAAUGUAUAAUAUAAUUCAAAUAGCAAUACUGUCUCACUGCACAGCAGCCAGCAGUUAGCCGAGUCAUUGCGCAAUCCAUGGUGAGGCUCAAAUGGCUGCUGACUCACCGUGAGUCUCUUCUCAGUAUUUGAACGGCAAAUGUGAAAAUUCAGCGAUUUUGAAUAAAAAUAAUCUAAAACUGGUGAAGUUAAAUGGAAAAUAACUUUAUAAAGUAUAAUCACUGGAUACAUAUAACAAUUUAAUUAUUUUUUUUUUCUUUCCAUGACGUGCCUCCCCUGACUGCACAUCACCGGUGAGGACGUAAACCUCCUGUUUAGGUAGCGCCUUUUCUAGUUUGACAUACCUUUUCAAACCUCAAUAAAUAAGGCAAUAAAUACGUUUCGUAAGGACUUUUUUGAAGCAGACUGGAAUGAGGUGUAUGUGGGAGAGGCAAAAGCAGCAAAUGAGGCAUUUCUUAGUAUAUAUUUAUCAUUGUAUGCAAAGCAUUGUUUGAAUGUAUAGAAACAGAGAGACAGUUACAAUAAAAAGCUUUGGAUUAUAAAGGGACUACAUCAGGGGUCUCAAACAUGCGGCCCGCGAACUGUUAAUUUGCGGGCCGCACCUUAAUGUGAAAAUGUAAUGUUGGUGCGGCCCGCGAGUUUUACAUGAUCGGCGUUUUACAGCGUCAUACUUUUAAACCCUCGAUUUUACCAGGAGGCCCCCGAUGCCAGCGCCCCUCCAGGGAUGUUCAGUCUCUCAAAUUUCACUUUAACAACAAUAUUAAGAGGGCACCAUGGUGGCACUGCCACAAGCGUCAUCUUCAACCUGUACAAACAGGUGCCAGCCCAGCCAAAUGUUGUAGUCAAAUUUGAUAAACGACUGCAAGACAUACUUAAUCAACAGCCAUACAGGUCACACUGAGGGUGGCUGUAUAAACAACUUUGACACUGUUACAAAUAUGUGCCACACUGUGAACCCACACCAAACAAGAAUGACCAACACAUUUUGGGAGAACAUCCGCAUCGUAACACAACAUAAAAACAACAGAACAAAUACCCAGAAUCCCAUGCAGCCAUGACCUACAAUAUACACCCCCGCCCCCCCAACCCCGCACCCUAUUGUAGGCCGGAAAAGUUAGGGCUACAUUGGAUUCUGGGUAUUUGUUCUGUUGUGUUUUGGAUGUUCUCCCAAAAUGUGUUUGUCAAUCUUGUUUGGUGUGGGUUCACAGUGUGGCGCAUAUUUGUAACAGCGAUAAAGUUGUUAAUACGGCCACCCUCAGUGUGACCUGUAUGGCUGUUGAAUAACUAUGUCUUGCAGUCGCUUCCGUGACUGAGACCAGAUGGCAGUUCGUAAAGAAUGCUAAAGACAUUGUCGUCAAGUCACGUCUUUACUGUUGUUGUCCUGGUGAAAAACCGUAGAGCGGUUGCACUGGUACAUUGACGGGAGGGGCACUGAUAUUCCGAGGUUUCCCGGAAGUAAUAUGAGAGUCGACAAGUGUGUUGCUAGUGCGGGAGAGCCAUUGAAAGAAGGUGAAAUCAUUAAAAAGUGCACGUUAGAUUUUUAAAAGAAAACUCACUGAGUUUCUGCAUCCAGUGGCCCCCAGGUAAAUUGAGUUUGAGACCCCUGGACUACAUAAUGCUCGUAAAAAGAAAAACAACGUGAUGACGUAAACCUCCUGUUUAGGUAGCGGCUUUCUACUUUGACAUACCUUUUCAAACCAGCGGUCCUGCCUAACCAGAAGUAGGACACCCAAAUUUGUGCCCAGCCACACCCUCAUGUGACCACCCCCGGGGACAUAAACAGAAAGACCCAUCUCCCUAAACUUUAUGCGUGAAGAAGCCUUAAACAAGGAGUGUGCGUUCGUCCCACUUGAAGCUUUGCAGAUUACCUCCUGGAAGAUGAUUUUGUCGUUGAGGCUGCUACUGAAAUAAUGACUGAUUGACGGGAAAAUGUUUUGAAGCUUUGAGCGUGCGUUGUUUCUCUAUCGUUGGAUCUCCUCUGACACAGGGGUGUCCAAAGGUCGACCCGGGGCCCUUUUCAGCCCAAAGCUUGUUUGUUUUUUUAUUGGUUCCUAUAUUGUUAAAAAAAAGACGAUAAUAAAGUCAAUUUAAUUCAUAAUUAUUGAGAUAAAUUACAAGAUGUUAUACCAUUAAAUGUUUUGUUCAUUAGAUUUCAGCAUAUUUAAAGGCCUACUGAAAUGAGAUUUUCUUAUUUAAACGGGGAUAGCAGGUCCAUUCUAUGUGUCAUACUUGAUCAUUUUGCGAUAUUCCCAUAUUUUUGCUGAAAGGAUUUAGUAGAGAACAUCGACGAUAAAGUUCUCAACUUUUGGUCUGCUAAUAGAAAAGCCUCGCCUUUACCGGAAGUUGCAGACGAUGACGUCACUCGUUGAGGGCUCCUCACAUUGUUUUUAAUGGGCGCCUCCAACAAAAAGAGCUAUUCGGACCGAGAAAACAACAAUUUCCCCAUUAAUUUGAGUGAGGAUGAAAGAUUUGUGUUUGAGGAUAUUGAUAGCGACGUACUAGAAAAAAAAAAUAAUAAUAAAAAAAUCUAGUUUUAAAAAAACGCGAUUGCAUUGGGACGGAUUCUGAUGUUUUUAGACACAUUUACUAGAUUAAUUCUGGGAAAUCCCUUAUCUUUCUAUUGUGUUGCUAGUGAGAGUUUAAUAGUACCUGAUAGUCGGAAGGGUGUGUCCACGGGUGUCUUGAGGCCAGUCUCUGAGGGAAGUGGACGUCAGCUGCAUGGACGGCGCAAGCUCAGCUGAUCUCUGGUAAGAGGUGACUUUUUACCACAAUUUUCCCACCGAAAACUGCUGGUUGGCAUUUGGUCAGGAACCAUGUUCACUUGACCGCUCUGAUCCAUAGUAAAGUUUCACCUCUGGGAAUUUUAAACAAGGAAUCACCGUGUGUUUGUGUGGCUAAAGGCUAAAGCUUCCCAACUCCAUCUUUCUACUUUGACUUCUCCAUUAUUAAGUGAACAAAUUGCAAAAGAUUCUGCAACACAGAUGUCCAAAAUACUGUGUAAUCAUGCGGUUAAAGCAGACGACUUUUAGCUGUGUGUGUGCGCAGCGCUAAUAUUUCCUGACACUCCGUGACGUCACGCGUACACGUCAUCAUUCCGCGACGUUUUCAACAAGAAACUCCCGGGAAAUUUAAAAUUGCAAUAUAGUAAACUAAAAAGGCCGUAUUGGCAUGUGUUGCAAUGUUAAUAUUUCAUCAUUGAUAAAUAAACUAUCAGACUGCAUGUUGGGUAGUAGUGGGUUUCAGUAGGCCUUUAAUGUGCUAAAUGCAUGGGUUUGGACACCCCUGCUUUAAUGGGGCUGGAAAUCAUAAUUGUGUCUUUUCUGUGUUCAUUUUUGAAAGGUUUUCUGUUGUUUUCAUUCGUGUGGGUUUUAUUGCUAUGCUAGCUUGUGUGGCAAAAUGAGAUCCAAGAAAGAAGGCCGACACACACGGACUUUUGUGCGAUUUUAAUCAUCAUAUUCUUGCUGCAUGAAUGACAAAGCAUCAUUUUUGCUUUCACUGAAUUACUUUUCUCGCACCCUUUGUUGCGGACAACACACUAGCAUUUCAAAGCUUAUCAAACGCCACCAAAUAUAUGCCUUACUACUGUAUUAUAAAAAUGCUUUACUGUACAUCAAUAAAGCACGCAGUUACGGUGA